UUAAUUUCUCUAAAGUAAUAUAGAAAAAAAUCAACGUACCCUCUCUGCCUCUAUAUCUAUAGAAUUAAAAUUUUUGUUCAAACAAAUAAUGGAAUAUGAAAUGUUGGAAAUACCACAGUACUUUAUAUGUCCCAUUUCACUUCAAAUCAUGAAAGAUCCAGUCACCACCGUCACCGGGAUAACCUACGACCGGGACAGCAUAGAGUGCUGGUUAUCAAUGGCUGACGAAGUCCAAUGUCCGGCAACUAAACAGCCGUUGUCUAAAGAUUCCGACUUGACCCCAAAUCACACGCUUCGACGUCUUAUCCAAGCAUGGUGUGUCAUGAAUGCUAGUUAUGGUAUCGAUAGGAUUCCAACACCUAAACCGCCUCUUAGCAAAUCCCAUGUUAUGAAACUUCUUCGUAAUUUGAAGUCACCCGAGCUUUACGCAAUCUCGUUAGAUGCAUUGCAUCUGAUUGCAAAUGAGAACGUGAAAAAUAUACAGUGCCUGAUCGAUGCUGGCACAACUGGUGCGAUGAUUUUAUUGAUAACAAAGUUAUCUAAAGAAAGUCACACCAGGAAUAGUGCUGCUAACAUCGGUCAGGCACUCAGGAUUCUCUAUCUUACUAGGAUAGAGAAAAAACAUAUCACUAAAUUGAAAGAUGAAGAUUAUCAAGAUUUUAUAGAUUCUUUAUUUUUAGUUCUAGGGUCGGAUAACAUUAUCAAAGAUGAUGUUUUCAAGGAAGUUAAAACACUAGCAAUCUUGGUACUUAGUAUGGUCAUGGAAGUAUCAACAGCAAGUGUAUUAGAGAGGCUCAAAUUCGAGUUCUUUAAACAAAUGGUAAACGUGAUAAAAGAAAGAACAUCCCCACAAGCAGUGAAAGCAGUCCUACGUAUGUUAAUCGACUUAUGCCCUUGGGGAAGAAACAGGAUGAAAAUAGUGGAAGCAAACGCGGUAUUUGAACUAGUUGAGUUAGAGAUAAAUGGGGUAGAAAAGAACGCGUCUGAGUUAGUUUUCGGUCUAUUGGCUCAGAUGUGUUCAUGUGCUGAUGGGAGAGCACAAUUGAUAAAGCAUGCUUGCGGGAUCGCAAUGGUGGCUAAGAGAAUGUUUAGGGUUUCACCAGGGACCGAUGAUCGGGCUGUUCAUGUACUAACUUUGAUUGGGCGGUUCUCUGCGACCGAUGAUGUGGUGUCUGAGAUGAUGAAUGUUGGGGCUGUCUCAAAGCUAUGCAUGGUGCUUCAAGUUGAUUAUGCACCUCACUUAAAGAAGAAAGCAAGAGAAAUAUUGAAGUUGCAUUCUAAUGUAUGGAACAAUUCUCCUUGUAUGCCUCUUUAUCUACUAACAACUUGAAGUAUGUGUUUGUAGAUGGAUAUACAUGUAUAAUUGUAUAUGUUACUAUACAGAAAAGAAAAGAAAGAAAAUUAAGUUGAAUU